AACAAAUUUACUGAUAUUAAUCACUCAUCUUGUUAAAUUACCGACCCAGAUCAGAAAUCUCAACACCCCACUAAAGUGCAAGUCUCAGGUUCAUUCAUUCAUUCAUUGAUUCGUGUAUAGGUACAUGUGACCACCUUGACUGACACAUCCAUGAUGAGCGCUGAGGAAGACUCGACCUCCUCGCCAGAUGACGAUCCAUAUGAUGACACAGACAUCCUCAACUCGGCUGGCACUGAUGAGGUCACAGCUCACCUGGCUGCUGCAGGGCCAGUGGGUAUGGCAGCUGCUGCUGCUGUAGCAACUGGGAAGAAAAGAAAAAGGCCUCAUAUCUUUGAAUCCAACCCUUCCAUCCGUAAGAGACAGCAGACUCGUCUGCUCAGGAAACUGCGAGCCACGUUGGAUGAGUACACCACUAGAGUGGGCCAACAAGCCAUAGUGUUGUGCAUCUCCCCCUCCAAACCCAACCCUGUGUUCAAGGUGUUUGGUGCUGCUCCUCUGGAGAAUGUGGUAAGAAAGUAUAAGAGCAUGUUGUUGGAGGACCUGGAGAACGCCCUGGCUGAACAUGCCCCUGCAGGUGGAGAACUCGCCUCAGAGCUGCCCCCGCUCACAAUUGAUGGCAUCCCCGUCUCUGUGGAUAAGAUGACCCAGGCACAGCUGCGAGCAUUUAUCCCAGAGAUGUUGAAGUACUCAACAGGCAGAGGGAAGCCUGGCUGGGGUAAAGAGAGCUGCAAGCCAGUGUGGUGGCCCGACGACAUCCCCUGGGCCAACGUUCGCAGUGAUGUGCGCACAGAGGAGCAGAAACAGAGAGUCUCUUGGACGCAGGCGUUGCGAACCAUAGUGAAGAACUGCUAUAAGCAGCAUGGCCGUGAGGAUCUAUUAUAUGCUUUUGAAGACCAGCAGGUAACCACGGCAACCACCACCCAGCACCACCUGACCACUGCACAAAGUAUCGCUCACCUUGUGCCCUCACAAACCGUGGUACAGACCAUCAACAAUCCAGAUGGAACAGUCUCGCUUAUCCAGGUCGGUACAGGACACACAGUUGCCACUCUUGCGGAUGCGUCGGAGCUGCCUGGUGUGACAGUUGCACAAGUUAACUACUCAACGGUAACUGAGGGAGAGGUGGAACCAAGCUGGGCCACCCUGCAGGGCGGGGAGAUGACAAUCCAAACGACUCAAGCUUCAGAGGCCACGCAGGCAGUGGCAUCCCUAGCUGAAGCUGCUGUCGCUGCUAGCCAAGAGAUGCAGCCCGGAGCCACUGUUACAAUGGCACUGAACAGUGAGGCAGCAGCUCACGCUGUAGCGACGCUGGCAGAAGCCACACUACAAGGCGGAGGUCAAAUUGUCCUGGCAGAGACGGCAGCUGCUGUUGGGGCGCUGGCAGGGGUUCAAGAUGCCACAGGUACCCAAUUAUCAGCAACACAGCAAACACUGAAGCAACAUAAAAUAAAAUACACCUCAAAUUACAGCAAUUACAUAAUUAUAAAAAAAAGUCAAGUGUUUUUUUGGUAUGCAGCAUUAAACUGUACAGACAAUGAAGGUCUGAAAAGUCAUAGUUAUUACCUCACUACUGCAUUGCCUGCAAUCACAGGUACAUUAGUAACAUUAUCAAACAAUCAAACAGUGGUAGUUUAUAUAUAAACUAUGUUAUCUAUAUUGGUGACCACAUAAAUCAAUUUAUCUAUAUUAUUUACGAGGACCCCAAAGAUUAGAUUACCGCUCUCUGGAAUGACUCCAGCCUUGCCAAUAUACUUCCUCAGGUGCCCUGCAGUCCAACCAUCAAGUUUAAAGUAGGUCUGAUUAAUGGUUGUCACGAAAAGUGCAAAACAGACGCACACAUACAGAGAUUCUAUCAUUUAUCAGAAGAUAGUCACACCGUGGUCAUGCAGUGUUUAAAUGAUGCUGAGUUGGUAUUGAGUGGCCCGAGACUACCAAUAAAAUAUCACCUACACCUUUAUGAACCACCAGCAGCCUGAACUAUUUUUCCAAUCUUCUUAUGUUUUGGUGAGUCCGUGCGAAUUAGUUUCCUGUUUUUAGCCGGCAUAAGUGGCACCCAAUGUGA